UUUACAUUUCAAUAAUUUCAUGUAUAUCAGCAUUUAGUAUGCACUAUUCCGGUGUAGUGUAGUGAAUGGAAUUCGCUAUCACUCUCGUUUGAUUUUUUCUGAAUCUGAUAACACAUCAUAUUUACUCCGAUAUACUCGGAGAUGUUUAAACAGUCGUUUUCUUUAAUCUUGGCUCUCAAAUUUUUACAUAUAAUUUUCGUAGUUGCUUGGAGUUUCAAAACUGAGAAAAUAAAAUUCAGUUUGUAGAAACAUUAUAACCUAAAAAAUUCAAGAUAUUAAUAUCAAACAAAUAAAAUAUGAUGAUAUGAUUUUAAAAAGAAUUACAUAGAAACUCAGGACACAAUAAUAUUUGAGAUAUUUAAAUUCAAAAUAAAAGCUUUCAACAUGGUUUGCGAGAAGUGUGAAAAGAAAUUAGGUAAAGUUAUUACUCCUGAUCCUUGGAAGACUGGCGCAAGGAACACAACAGAGAGCGGAGGACGUAAAGUUGGAGAAAAUAAAGCUCUUUCUGCAGGAAAGGCACGAUUUAAUCCAUAUACUACAAAAUUUGAAAUCUGUAGAAUAUGCAGACAGAAAGUUCAUCAAGUUGGAUCUCAUUACUGUCAGUCCUGUGCAUAUAAGAAAGCUAUAUGUGCUAUGUGUGGUAAAAAACUGAUGAGUACAAAGAAUUACAAGCAGUCAGCUACGUAAUAAUUCUAAAAACUUGUAAAAAUUAAUAAAAAUGUUAUGGAUAUUUGAAAAUAAUUUCCUGAGUAUAUCAUAAUGUAAGUCUGACAAGUAUUCAUAUAUAAACAGAUUUCUGAAUGAGUAAUCUAAUAUGAAUAUAUUAAGAUAGAAUAAAAUUUUAAUUUCUGCAAUAAUGAUAAAUUAUUGCAGAAAACAUUCAUGUACAAUGUGUUUGUUAUACAGUAAAGCUAUUACAUACAAGAUAUCUGAUAAUUGCUACAGUAUAUGCAGGUAGAACAGACCGAAUGGAAGAAUUCUAUAUUAUUUCACAAUUUUCGCAAUGAUUAAUGAAAAAUUAAUGAUUAAUUAUCGCCGAAUAAUUCAUUCCGUCAAGAUAAGUACAUGGCGAAAUAAUAAUUGUUUUUCAUUAUGCAUAUUUGCUAGAAAUAAAACGAAAUGUUUGAUAUGAUCUACAAAUAAUAGAAUAUUCACUUAUAAUGUACACCUCAUUGCAUUCCUAGCAAUCAUAAAUACAUAUAGCACUGUUUCUUCAUAUGCUUAUUUAUAAAUUUUUAUUAAUAUAUAACUUAUUAUUUGUAAUUAUUAGUAAUUGCGAAACUUGCAAAAUGGUACAAGUCUUUUCCACUUAGUUUAAUCUGUUCUAUUCGCAUACGGCCGUUGUAUCAAUAAUUAUUACUUUGUAUAUUUUUUUAAAAAUAGUAUUUAUAGUGAUGCAAUUUAAUACAAGAAUAAUACAAAUAUAAAUUCAAGAAACUUUUCAUCAAGAAACUUUCAAGCACAGCUAAUAAAAUGAAUGAAAAAUUAUUUUAAGAUUAAAUAUAAAUGAAAAUUCUUUUUCAUAAAUGUAUUUAGUUUGCUACAUAUAAUUUAUGAUAGUAAUAAUUAAAGAUAAAAAAAAAUAAAAAUUAAGGAUAUCGUGUAUGAGAAAUCGAUGGAUAUAUAUUUCGUAAUAAAAUGUUUACACAU